ACACUUGGUCAUAACCACAAUCUCUCACUUGGAUGUUUAAAGGCGGUGGUUCCUCUCUGCAGAUUUACUUGGAAAGUUAGAGAUGACCAAUUGGAGAAUUCUGAUACUAGUUGCCUUGAGCCAGGCCCUUCUGGCGCUGACUCAAACUUCAGUUGAUGUUAAAGAUAUCGAAAUCAGCAAAUGUCGAAUCAUGGGGAUUUUCCACGUCAGCUUGCAAGGUGAUUACAAUCUAUCACUAGUUCAAGCACAUUAUACCUGUAACCAACUUGGCUCACUGUUGGCAACAAAGGCACAGGUCGAAAAUGCACAUGAGCUAGGCUUCGAAAUGUGCAGGUUUGGUUGGGUGGAUGAUGGUUUUCUUGUUAUCCCAAGAAUCAGUUCAAAGGAGCAAUGUGGAAAAAAUGCAACAGGCGUGUUGAUUUGGAAGGUUGAUCCUGACAAACUGUACGAUGCUUACUGCUUCCAGAAGAAUGAUGCCCAGAAGAUGAAUACUUGUGAGCCAUUAACUGAACACCCAACUAUGUUCACGAAUCCAACAGAAACAUCAUUAACGGAUCUGGAUCACGCAAACUCAAACAAUGAAUUCAGCUUUGAAUUUACUACCCCAUCAGACAACAGAACUUUAGUACCUCGGAAAACAAAUUCCUUUCUGUCAACCUCAACUGAUUCAACCCUCCAUUCAGCCUCCUCCUCAGAAUCGCAUAGUACUGCAGAGGAAAGUUCCAAACUUUCCAGCAGUUUGAUUAUGCACUUGGCAUUGAGCCUGGCGGCAUUCAUUUUGUUUGUGAUCUUCGUGGCUACUUUGGUCUGUUGUCUCAGAAAACGCAAGAAGCGUUUUUCGUAUUUACCCGGACAGCCAAAAGAAGCCAUUGAAGCUGAAGUAUGGAGCAAUAACCUGACAGAAAACAACUCACCAUGAGAAGACACAGAAAGAGAAUCCAAUUAACAAACUUUGCAUCUUUCAAUAGCAAACAAGCAAACUAAUUCAAUAAACAUUAAGGAUAUGGAAGUGGGAUUAGAAUUAGUUUUAAAUAGAAUUACACUGAUUGUAAAGGGAAAAUAUGUAACAAAAAUUGAACGUAAAGCACAGAAAUUGGUCAUUCAGUUCAACUAAUCAAAGUUGGUAUUUUUGCUCCAUUUAAACUUUCUAGUAACCUUGUUUGAUUUUCUGGCUUUGAUGUCAGUAUUAAUACAUAUGUGCACAGACUCAGUGUCCUAAAAUCUCACUGCUUGAAAGGUAAAUAAUGAGAGAAAAGUAAACUGUUUCGCCAAAGUAUCUCAUUCAACAUUUAAUUAAGCAGAACCCAUCACAACUAAUCCUCGACAUUGGGGUCAAUGCUAUAACUAAAUGAAUCUUAUUGUCUGUUUUGAUCAUUCAGCUGCAGUUCUUACUUUGGGCAAUAGUGUAAAGAUUACAAGAUACAUCUAGCUUUGUCUCUCUCAGCAGAUUACAAGGUAAUGAGUAGGGGAGUAGGGGAGGUUGGGGAAGACUGAAGGAAGUGUGGGGUAGGCUUAGGUAGAGAGUAGAAGAAUUAAGGAUGAGUAAAAUAGUUGGGGCUAGAAAGAAUUGGGGGAAAGAUUCAGGGCAUAAAGGAGAAAUAUUAAGUCAUAAUGUUAAAGCUAAAUGGACCAACUGGUCCUUUCCUACAUACAAUUUUUUGUUCCAUUUGGAUGCAACAUUGUCUUACGAAUGUGUCAAAUUUCUUCUGGAAGAGAUGAAAAAAAAUUCACGACCGACAGUAGGUCAUUAGCAUCUCACAGUGCCCUCACUCUGCCAUUACUUCAUUCAUAUCCAUCGCGCAUGCACUGAUAACCUAUGGCAUGGCUUGCAGCAGAACACCUCCAGGUCUAUAAUCUGAUGUAUUAUUUCAAAAUGUCAUGGAUUACCUUUACCUGUCCAUUUUUCCUCACAUUGUUGCUGGGUUCACUGUGCUGGUGAAGUAGAGCUACCAAAUCCACAUCCUCUUGAUUGGGGCAAGAGCAAUUUUAGCUUAGAUGGAGACCUCUGAGAAAAUCCUGUCUCUGUCUAGCAUUAAUGUGGGCAGCAAGAUCCUAUUUAAAGAGUGAAAAUAACAUGCAAAACGUGGGGUGGCAACCAAUGAAAAAUAAUUACAAUGAAAGUGUUAUGAGAACCAUUGGACCAAGGCAUGAAGAUAUAACUCGGUACCGAUAAGUAUACUUUAGUUUUAUUUGCUUGUAUUUUUAAUAUUUUCAUGUCCUCAGUGGGAGAAGGCAUAAUUAUAAAAACAAGUUUAUAUAGAAAAUUUUCAUUGCAAUCUUGGAAAUUUAUGUUUUAAAAAGUUGAUGAAGAUGUGCAUGUAAUAUAUUAACGCUCUGAACAUAGUCUAGCUUUGAUGAAAUCCUGCCAUCAAUCCACAUGUAAGCUGAAAAACUGUUACAAAAUUUUUAACAGACCAAUAGCCAUACUUGAAUAAUCAGCAAACUAUUUUAGAGAUUUACAAGGGUUUUAUUUAUUCUACAUCUACAAGUUAGAACAAAUGCCAGUUUCCACCUUUCCCUCUGAAACCUUUCCCCCACAUAGAUGCGGAAGUAUUUUCUAUUAUAAUGGCAAUGGAACACUACUGGAUCCACCUUCAGUUAUGAAUACGCUAACAUUAACAGAGUGCCCUUACUGAAAAAUAACACAGGAUCAUAAGGUCAUAAGAUACUGGAGCUCUACCAUUCAAUCAUAGCUGAUGCGUUUCUCAACCCUAUUCUCCUCUCUUCUCUCUAUAAUCCUUGAUUCCAUUACUAAUCAAGAAGCAUAAUUUAAUCCAUAUAUGCAUUUAUGUAAUUUCUGAAGCUUUUCCUCUAUUCCUUGUGUUUCCUCUGGGGGUUGUAAGAAUAUUUCCCUUUCAAACAGGUUACCCUGAAGGACUGAAAAUAGAAACUGCUGGAGAAACUCAGCAGGUCUGGCAGCAUCUGUGGAGAAAGAAACAGAGUUCAUCAGAAUUAAUGUUUCAUGUCCAGCGACGUUUCUUCAGAGCUGAAAAUUGUUGGGAAAUGAUUACAUUUAUACUGUUUUCAGGGUGGGGUGGAGAAGAUGAGUAAGUCGAAUAGAUGGGUGCCCAGAGAUAGAAAAGAAAGAGAUUGCUGAUGGUAAGCCUGGAUUGACAGACGUGAGUGCUAGAUACGUGCCAACAGAAAGUGUGAACAGUUGAAAAUAGGUUGCCUGUGCUGGGUUGGCAGAUGAAGUUUAAUGCGGAAAAAUGUGAGGUGAUACACUUUUGGGGCAAGUAAUAUGGAAAGAUACUAUCAAAUAAAGGCUACUAUUCCAAAGAGUAUGCAGGAGCAGACACACCUAUUAUAUAUGGGGCACAAGUCAAUAAGGGUGACAGGAUAGGUAGAGAGCUGUUAAAGGGCAGCACAGUGGCAUAGUGGUUAGCACUGCUGCCUCACAGUUCCAGAGACCCGGGUUCAAUUCC